AUGACAUCACGAUCUACAAAGUCUGUUAUACAUAGGGAUGUUAAAAGUCCGUUCUGGUUCGACUCUACUCCAAAAGUAGAGUUUUAUUUUGUAUUCGGUUUGGAGUCAGACUCGGAACCGACUUGUUAA